CUUUUUUUCUCACAGAUUAUAAUUUAAAAAAUAUCAUGUAAUUGAAAGAAAUCUAUAUUAUCUAUGGCCUAUCAUGGGUAAGGCCUUAUAUCAUAUUAUACUACAUAUGAUAUGAUCAUUCUUAUAUUAUCUAUGAGUAUAUUAUGAUCUAAGGGAUAUCAUGAUCUAUGGCAUUUCUUUAUUAUCUGUAUAGUAAUAUCCCGCCACUGAUAUCUAUACUAUACAGUUGAAUGCAUUCUGCUGCGAUCGACGUUAUCAAUGCCGCCGACGCCGUAUCACCGUUGUCGUUACAAACAAUAACUAUUAACUAUUCAUUUUUGCAUUUCCGCACUAAAUAUUUAAAUCAUACCUAGACAUAUGUAAAUAUUAAAUACCUACAGCUUACGCAAUAAUACAUUUAUUAUUUUUAUCACUACAGCCGUCCGUCCGCAGCAAUAAACUAAUAAUAACAAUUUUACUUUAUGUUUAAUUACCAUAGAAACAAUUUAUAACAAUAGCGCACGAGUUAACCAAACGGGAUCAAGACUCAAACUAUCUACACCACUCUACAAUCCUCACUAGAUUUGUAUCUAUGACGAUCGUAUUAUUAUUGUUGUUGGACGUAGGGGAUACUUCAACAAAUGGUGAUUGUUUUCUGGAAGUUUGUCGAUUGAAGUGAUGGAGGCGGAUAACCAUGUCACUGUGUUCACACUACAAAAUUAACAAUUGCUACCCCCUCACUACUGUUGAGACUACAUAGACAGCAAAAACAAUUUAAACACUGUCCACUCUAUUACCACAAUGUUUUUCAGGGUCAGACAUCAGAAAAUGGUACAUGUGUACCUACUUGUACUUGUGAUACUAGGAAUUUUAGUAGUAUUGGGUGCAAUGAUUGCAUACCACGCAUUGUUACGUGAACAACAUUUUCAAAUUCAAGUAGCUGUAGCCAAGUUGGCAAGUGGCGAUAGUAAUUAUCAGCGUUUUGAUUCAUCCGCCUCACAAUACCACCAAAACUCUGUCAUGAUUCUAGAAGAACAAAAGCCUCUGGUAAUCUACAAUAGGGUGCCCAAGACCGGAUCCACAAGUUUUGUCAAUGUGGCCUAUGACCUGCAUUCCUAUAAUGCAUUUCGGGUCCUUCAUGUCAAUGUUACGGGCAACUCACAUUUGCUUUCCAUCUACGAUCAGUUCCGGUUCAUUGACAAUACUACACGUUGGAUGCGGCCCGCAUUUUAUCAUGGCCAUUUUGCAUAUAUUGAUUUUGAGAGAUAUGGGUACAAGAAGCCAUAUUAUGUUCAAUUGUUACGCAAACCUUUGGAUAGGUUGGUUUCGUAUUACUAUUUCCUACGGUACGGUGAUGAUUAUAGACCACAUCUAGUGCGCAAAAAGCAUAUGGACUCAUCGACAACAUUUGAUGAGUGCGUUGAGCGUGGUGGAUCAGAUUGUCAAGCAAAUCUUCUGUGGUUACAAAUUCCUUUCCUAUGCGGUCAAUCAGCCGACUGCUGGAUUCCAGGAAGUGAGUGGGCAUUGCGACAGGCGAAACGUAAUGUUCUUGAAAAAUACACUUUAGUUGGAGUCACCGAACAAAUGGGAGAAUAUCUACAGAUGCUUGAACUCGUGAUUCCUGGUGGGAUGUUUCGCAAUGCUUCUGAACAUUUCAAACACAGCUCCAAGUCACAUCUAAGAAAGACCGCUAAGAAAUAUCCUGUCUCUCGGAAGACGAUACAAAAAUUUCAUGAAUCAACUGUUUGGCAAAUGGAAAAUGAACUAUAUGCAUUUGUUGCCAGAGAGUUUGCUUUUGCAUAUGCUAAGCAGUUUCCAAACAUUUCAUCAGGACUUUCUGGUACUAUGAAAAAACAUUUAAAAAUUAGUGCUAUACCACCACCUAGUUUCCGAUAUGAAAAAAUAUAUCCAAAGCCAUCAAAUCAACAGAAAAAGAAAAAAAACACUGCCCGUGUGUAACAAAUUUUAUUUUAUGAGCUUUAAUAAAUGACUAUACACAGUAGUACCCAUGAUGAAAAUAAAGUACUACUUAAUAAUAUUUUUUAAUGUAUUUAUAAUAUUAUGUACAUGUAUAUCUUAAAUCCGUCUUGUAUAUUAUUAUUAAAGUAUGUUUUCUACAUUUGUAUUGACGCCAAAAGUUAUUAUUUAUAAUGUUUAAUUUGUUUUAAAUGUUAUCUGUUGAAUGGUUGUAUUAUUUUUGUGUCUGUAUAAAUUUAACUUGAUAUCAAGUACCUAGUAUAGUCAAAACAGUUAUUUUUAUACUAGUAGAGAAUAAUAGUUAUAGAACAACCAAUAUUGACUGAAUUUGUAAUAUUUAUUGUUUGUUAAUUUAUACUUUUUAUUAUUUGUUCUUGAUAAGAAAUAAAAAUAGGGAUUUAGAUGUAAGACUUCAAUGUUUAUUUUUUUCUUUUACUUAAGAAUUGAUUUUAAUAAAAAAAGAAGUAAAAUAUUAUAUAAUGUAUAAAUUGAGUCAAAACCAUAACUUAUUUUGAUGAAUUAAAAAUUCCUUCAAUCAAUGAGACUGAUACAGUAAUAUCAAGAUAUUAUAACAUUAUUUUAAUUUAACUAAUAUAUUAAAUUAUAUAUUUAUAUACCAUGAAAACAUUUAGUCUUAUACCCUUAUGUAAUAUUAAUGAUUUCAAUACAUUUUAUGUUUUAUUUAUCAAACUCAUGAGAUUCUAAGGGACAUUAUGUACGCAAUUUUUUAUACACUUGAAUGGGACGACAACUACUUUAUAUUUUAUAAAUUAUUUAUAAAAAUAAACUAGGUGAUAAUUAUAAUUACUUACACAGUUAUAAACUGAUUAACACUAUUUUUUUUAAAAAUAUUCUGUUUACAUAAUAA